AUGGAUAUCCAUUUGUCACUGGUGCAGUCAAAAAUUGCUAUGGUUGCGAAGGCUGCCAACGCCUCAAAGACCAAGAAUGGCGUCAAGGAUGAGCAGCCUGCUGAGACUGGAUCCCUCACGCCAUUCGUGGUCUUUGAGGCGUUGGCGGCCUUCGGCGGCGCCAAGAGUAUCAAGGAGGAGAAGCCCGCUGAGGCUACCGAGAAGACGAAGCGCACCCGUGGCGCCAACAAGAGUACCAAGGAGACCGCCGAUGCUCCCGAAAAGAAGGUCAAGGCCACCCACAACCGCAAGGCCGCUGCCACUGAGAAGGCUGAGGAGCCUACCAAGAAGGGCAUCAAGGAGACCGCCAAAAAGAGCCCUGAGGGCAACGAUGCCGGCACGGAGAAGCCCAAGCGUGAUCGCAAGGCUGCUGCCACUAAGGAGUCUUCUGAGGGCUCUGAUGACAAGUCCGCGGGCAGCGCCGAUGACAAGCCCCAGAACGGACCAAAGGAGGAUUCAGCCCAGGUUGCCGAGUCUGUCAAGAUGGAGACGAAGGAGGCCAGCAAGGAGCCUGCUAAGCCUAGCGCUGAGCCUGCUGAGGCCGCUGAUGAGGCCGCUGAUGCCACCAAGCACUUUGUCAAGGUUGAGGCCGAUGAGGAGUCCGCUGGUGCCACCAAGGACACUGUCAAGGUUGAGUAA